AUGCCUCCAGUAACAUGCAAGUUUUGGAUGCAAGGAAAUUGUAGAUUCGGAGAGAAAUGCAAAUUCGAGCACCCCUCUCGAGGAGGGGGAGUUCCCAAUGGCAACCGCUUUGCAUCAUUGCAAAGCCCGGAUCAUACGAAUACUCGUAGCAAUGGAUAUCAGCAGGGCGGAGCCUCAGGGCCAGGAUCGUCGGUUCCCUUCUCUCUCGACAAAUCUCAGAUCGUAACAGAUCUCUCGUCGGAAAAGCCACAAUGGAUACUCUCUGCCUAUGGUCCUGGGCGACAGGCGCCGGCACAACUGUUUGGUGGACCGAUGCGAGAGCAGAGCUUCGAGGAGAUGCGUUUGCUUCAUUAUAUGGCCGUAGCUUCUGGCAAUCCUCAGCAAGCUGUUCAAGAAGCAGAAAAGCUAUUCCAGGCCUCAGAACAGCAGAUACAUACGGCCCUCAACGACGUUGACGGUGCUAUAAACUUCAUAAUCAACGCCCAAAAUGAGCACCCAAAUCGGAUCGAUAUUGUCCAAGGAACCCAAGUUCCUACAUCAGGAUCACAACCAAAUCCUUUCGGUCAACCUAAUGGUGCUCAGCCAACAACAUCGAAUAUUUUCGGCGCUCCCAGACAGCCUACGGCACCCGCCUUUGGGGCGCCAAGCCAAGCCCCAGCGUUUGGGGCACCUUCUGGAGGACCAGCAUUUGGUCAACCACCGGCUCUUGGCGCAAAGCCUAAUCCAUUUGCAACACCGUCAGCUUUCGGUGCCCCGUCACAGCCUGGCACUGGAGGGGCAUUUGGACAGCCUUCACAAGUCGGUGCAGGAGGCGCCUUUGGACAACCAUCUCAGCUUGGAGGAGGAGGUGCCUUUGGACAGCCAUCUCAGCCUGGUGGAGGAGGUGCCUUUGGACAACCUUCUUCAUUAGGUCAAAAGCCAAAUCCGUUUGGAGCUCCUUCCGGUGGUUCAGCAUUUGGCGGUACGUCCAAUGCUACAGCGGCACCCUUUUCGGCUUUUGCCAAUGCCCCGAACUCUUUGUCCCAGGGAGCCGCCCCCGCAACUACAAGUGCGUUUGGCGCACCUUCACAGCCUACAACGUCCGCCCCCUUCGGAACCGCUCCCGCGACUACAGGUACAUUCGGCGCCCCUUCACAGCCUACAACGUCUGCCCCCUUCGGAACCACACCCCAACCCGCAUCAUCUAACCCAUUUGGACAGCCGUCUCUUCAAGCACCAAACCCUUUCGGAGGUGCGUCUUCUGCACCGUUUGGUGCUCCUUCGCCCGCCGCGAAGAACCCCUUUGCAACUGUACCUCCAGUACAAUCAAAGAAUAAUUUUGGGACAACACCCUCCGCGCCAAACCCAUUUAGCCGUACUCAACCUAAUACUCCAACCUCUAACCCCCUGGGAAAUCCCUCCGCUAACACCACGAGUUCGAUGCCAUUUGGUACACCCCCUCCUGGAAUAAAUGGAAAUACUGGAACCGGGCAUCCACCUAUCAGCAGCUAUAGCUCCAAAGAUCAGAGUGGACGAUUGACUAUGUUCAAGGGAAGACGUGUUGUGUAUCAUGAAGAUGAACCAGGUGUACGAAACCAAGAUGGAACCUGGUCAAAGAUCUGGUUUCCUGAAGGACCACCACUCCCCUACAAGGAUACAGAGAUGGACGAGAGCGUCUAUGAUGACGGAACAAAGGCGGCGUACACGCAGAUGAGGCAGACGGGGUCCUUUCCGGACGGCGUUAUGCCAAUGCUUCCCCCCAUGCGGGAAUGGUGCUCUUGGGACUUUUAA